AUGGAAUGGACCGGAGCCGAGGAACGGACCGGAGCCGAAGGAAAUGGAGGGAAGGAGGAUGGACCGGAAGGAGUGAUCGAGGAGGAAGGAGGGAGGACCGGAGGAAAGGAGAGGAAUGGACCGGACCGGAGGAAGGAAGGAGGAAGGAAGAGGGACUGGAGGAAGGACCGGAGGAACGAAUGGAAGAGGAAGGACCGGACCGGACCGGACGAGGAAGGAAGGAAGGAGGACCGGAGGAAUGGAGGACCGAAGGAGGAAGGAAAUGAGGAAGGAGUGGAAGGAUCGACGGAGUGGAGGACCGGAAGGAAGGAGGACCGGAGGGACGACGGAAGGAAGGAAGGAGGAACGGAGGAAGGAACGGAGGAAGGAGGAAGGAAGGACCGGAGGAAGGAGGACCGGAGGAAGGAGGAAUGGAGGAAGGAAGGGAAGGAGGACAAGGAGGACCGGAGGAACCGGAAGGAGGAAAGGAAGGAGCCGGAGGAGAGGGAAGGAGGACCGGAAGGGAAAGGAGGAAGGAAGGAGGACCGGAGGACGGAGGAAGGAAGGAGGACAGUGGAGGGAAGAAGGAGUGGACCGGAGGUGGAGGAAGAGAGUGGAGGAGGGAUGGAAGGAAGGACCGGAGGAAGGAAGGAAGGAAUGGAGGAGGAGGAAGCCGGAAAGGAGGGAGGAUGGAAGGAGGACCGGAAGGAAAGAGUGGAAGGAAGGAGGAAGGAGGAGGGAGGAAGGAAUGAAGGGAAGGAGGGGAGGAAGGAGAACUGGAGGAGGAGAGGAAAUGGAGGAGGGAGGAGGGAGGAAUGGAGGGACUGGAGGGAGUGGAAGGGAAGGACCGGAGGAGUGGAAAUGGAAUGGAAGGAAGGAGGAAGGAGGGAAGGGAAGGAGGAAGAAGGAGGAAGGGAGGAAAUGGAGGGAAGGAAGGAGGAGAGGGAGGAAGGAGUGAGGAAGGAAAAAUGGAAGGAGGGAAGGAGGGGAGGACUGGAUGGAAGUGGAGGAAGGAGGAGGAAGGAGGAAUGGAGGAAUGGAGUGGAAGGAAGGAGUGGAGGAGGAAGGGGGAAAUGGAAGGAGGAAUGA